UCUUGUCAGGACCCGGGUCGGAUCUAAAUGUCCAGCCCCACAACCCAAACCCAAUUUCCUCUCUCUCCCGCUACACGCGUUAACGACCUCACCCUCCGUCAGCUCUAUCCCCAGCUCCUCCUCCAUGGGAUCCCUACUCCACCCGGUGAGCCUAAGACCCUCACCGCCGCCUCCCCUUCUCUCUCACCGCUCUCUCAAACCCCCGUCCACUCUCCUACCCGCAAACCCACCCGCCUCUCGAUUCCCAUCCACCCGCAUACCGACCUCUGAAGCCCACCGACCCAACCACCUCUCACCCUCUGGACUGGGGCCCACGGAGGAGGGCCCCCUUGUUGAGUCUCUCAUAGUUCCUGAGUCUUGGUUGGAUCCUUCAAAAGCUUUGCAGGAAUCAGAAUGGCUUAGAGCUGCUCUGCACAAAUGGCUGGACGAUGAGUACUGCCCUGAACCUGCCAACGAGGAGAUCAGCAAGGUUGCUGCACGCUCAUAUUAUGAAUCCCUGAUGGCGAAGAAAACAGAUUUGGGUGAGAUUUUGAUGGGUAUGGUUGGAGAUCUAAAGAAUGUUUCUUUUCAAGAAAGUUUUCAUGGGGUAUUCUCAUCUGCAAAUGCAGCUGUACAUCUAAUAACUUUGAGAAUGAAUUCUGUAGAGGAGCAGUGAUGUGCAUGUAUUCUUUCGGAGGACGAGAAGCUUAAUUGAGCAUAUACCAUUGGAUGGUUUGGCUCUUUAAGUUGUAAACUCAUCACGAUGCAUUUCAUUGUGAUGGUUUCGCAUUCUAAUGUAAGAGAGAUGUACCUAAUUUCAUAUGAUGCCCCUAUUUUCUAAUUAACCCAAUUUGGAGUCGAAACCUAAGACUAUGGAAGUCAUAUUGGAACCUCCCAAAUGUUCGGGUCACUGAUGCAUGCUUAUUUGCUUGUUACAUGUUAUCUUAUUGUUUCUUUA